AUGGUGAAACCUGACGAUUUUGUAUUAUACUAUCGCAGAGAUGGUGAUGAGCUCGAUAUUGCAAUCCCACUUUACUUGGCGCAUCGAAAUACGCGUAAUAAGCUUUUCCACUUCCCUAUAAUUCGCUCUACCGAGGAAAAUGGUGCACAAUGGUGGCAGGUUCAGAUCACGUGCAAUAUGGCCCAUUCGGUCCGUAUGCCGCAGUUUCGGCAGUUAUCGGACCUGGUGCGCUGUUAUCAUCUAUAUCGUUUUACUGAUGCACGUACUGGGCGAAUGGAGGUGUUCCCAUUAUGGAAAGGCGGAAUUCUUGAUGACUAUAAAUAA